AUGUCCAUCCACAAAGUCCUCAUCCUCGGCGCAACCGGCUCAGUUGGCCUCCCCAUCCUCACCGCGCUCCUCUCCUCUCCCUCCCUCGAGAUAACAAUCGGCACACGCGCCAGCUCCCGUGCUACCUUCCCCCCAGGCAUCACCGUAAAAACCAUCUCCGACGCCUUCACAACGCCAGAACUAACCUCCCUCUUCACGGGUCAAGACGCCAUCGUCGUCGCCCUAUCCACCGCCCCCGUCACAGCCGGCGGAAAAGACGGCCUCGCCUUCCGCCUCAUCGACGCCGCGUUGGCGGCGGGCGUGAAACGCUUUAUCCCCAGCGAGUUUGGGGCGAAUAACUUGGACCCCCGUGCGAGAGCGCUGGUGCCUACGUAUGAUAUCAAGGGAGAUAUGCUAUCCUACCUCAUCGAGACUUGUAAAAAGAGUCAGGGAAGGAUGACGUGGAGUAGUAUCUGCUGCGGUAGCUGGCUGGACUGGGCGCUGAAUCCCGCCCAAUCCGGUAACUUCUUAGGGAUUGAUGUUAAGGGACGCACGGCGAGGGUUUGGGAUUCGGGCAAUAAGAAGUUUGCGGUUACGUCGAGUAAGAAUACGGGGAGGGCGGUCGCGCAGGUGCUGCUGCGCGCGGAGGAGACGGCGAAUCAGCAGAUUUUUCUGUGCGAUUUUAUGGUCAGUGUUAGGGAGAUUGUGGAGGCGUUGGAGAAGGCUAGUGGGGAGACGUUCGAGGUGGAGGAGAGGGAGAGUAAGACGGAGAUUGAGCGUUUGAAGAGGAAAUAUGAGGAAGGGGAUGCAAGUGCGACGUUUGGGCUGUUGGCGCUGAGUUUCGGGGCGGAUGUGGAUGUUGGGUACGAUUUUCCGAGUGAGCAGCAGGUUUGGAAUGAGAAGUUGGGGUUGCCCAAGAUUACGCUGGAGGAGUUGGUGGAAGAGGCUGUGGAAUUGGCGAGGAGGUUGUAG